AUGACACCGAGGACACAUAUCUGGCCGGGAAGAGCAUCCCUGACCGAUUCUCAUAGGAGGUGGAUGGCAGCCAAACAGUUUCGUGCACCCUGUAGUAUACGACGUAGAGGAUCUAGACCUGCUGCUGAAUGGACCAGAGAUCUCGAUAAUGAGCCAGUUACUGAAGAUGUCCAUGCAACAAUUGAGGAUGACAUGCAUAUUAUGGCCGAGACAGAGGUGCCCCAUCAUUUUGAGACGAAUGCUCCAACUCAUAUAGAGGUUACUCCUCAAUCGGAUACUGAGGCAACUGCUAUGGGUGAUGUAGAGGUUACUCCACAUGCUAUGGGUGAUAUGGAGGUUACUCAUCUGGUUGAUUCAAAGGUUACUACUCCGACUUUGACAGAGAUGUUUAUACACAUAGAUAGGUGGUUUCUUUAA